AUGGCCGCCCAGUCAACCCUACGCCGCCCAGAGGACCCCAUCCUCGCACUCUACCUACACUACUCUGAACGAAUAAGAUCUCGAAUACGUCGAACCACACCCAUAACUCGGCUGAUCGCAACCGUCGCUCUACUACUAUCCAUAAUCGGUUCAGGCUAUGGAGGGUAUAACUGGCUUCGGCAACGCGGAAGGGAACGCGCCCAAGGCCGACGACUGUUACGUCGAAACUCAGGGAUCCGAGGCAAAGAUGGCUCACGUACCAUCUAUGUCCCUUACAAGGAUUCGCGAACUUCCAAAGUCAUAAUUCAUCCCACGAAGCCGACCACAUUCGAUGCUCAUCGGCGACUCUUUUUGAACCCUCCGGCAUCCGCGAGAAGUAUCGAGGAAGGCUCCGCAAGCCAGAUACCACCACCUACAACGAAACCGGGCCUGAAUCUGGCAUUCCUGCAUCAGUUCCUUAGCCUAGGCAGUAUUAUGGUCCCUAGGUGGGGAAGCAAAGAGACAGGCUUGCUCAUGGGCCACGGCAUGUUUCUGUUGCUGAGAACAUACCUGUCACUGUUGAUCGCGCGAUUGGACGGUGAAAUUGUCAGGGAUUUGGUUGCAGGCAAGGGUCGAGCAUUCAUGUGGGGAAUCCUAAAGUGGUGUGGUAUCGGAACCCUCGCGUCCUACACAAAUGCCAUGAUCAAAUUCCUCCAGUCCAAGGUGUCAAUCGCGUUUCGAACCCGCCUCACGAGGUACAUUCAUGACCUUUACUUGACCGAUAACGACAAUUACUACAAGUUGAUGAAUUUGGACGGAGGAAUUGGCCAGGGUCCGGAUCAAUUUAUCACCCAAGAUCUUACCCUUUUCUGCUCUGCCGCUGCAGCAUUAUACUCCUCGAUGGGCAAGCCUAUGGUCGACCUCUUUGUAUUCAACUACCAGCUAUACCGCUCUCUUGGUCCACUGGCUUUGAGUGGAAUUCUUGCCGGGUAUUUCAGUACAGCUGUAGUCCUUCGCAAACUGUCUCCACCAUUUGGAAAACUAAAAGCCGUCGAGGGCAAAAAGGAAGGUGACUUCCGGGGCCUCCACUCUCGACUACUCGCCAAUGCGGAAGAAAUCUCGUUCUAUGGCGGUGCCGAUGUCGAACGAGUCUUCUUGGUCAGAAGCUUCAAGGACCUACAACGUUGGAUGGAAGGCAUUUACAGUCUGAAGAUUCGCUAUAACAUGCUGGAAGAUAUCAUCCUAAAGUACUCUUGGUCUGCAUUUGGCUACUUGGUUACCUCGUUGCCUAUUUUCCUUCCGGCCUGGGGUGGCAGUGGUGGUGUAAUGGAAAUGGCCGAUGUACCAGAGGGCAUGGGCCGCGAAAGAAGUCGAAUGCAAGAGUUUAUCACAAACAAGCGACUGAUGCUUUCCCUGGCUGAUGCGGGUGGUCGCAUGAUGUACAGUAUCAAAGAUAUCUCUGAGCUUGCUGGUUAUACGUCGCGCGUUUACACUCUCAUUUCCACUCUGCAUCGCGUCCACGCCAGCGCUUAUUACCCGUCUCGAGGAUCCUACCCAGAACUGUAUUCUCUUGCAGAUGCGCAGGGUACUACGCACAAUGGAUUUGAUGGUGUUCGACUAGAACAAGUACCUAUUGUUGCGCCUUCGCUCUAUCCCAUGGGCGGCGAUGAGCUGGUUGACUCAUUAUCCUUCAUCGUUCAUUCCGGUGAUCAUCUUCUCAUCUCAGGUCCUAAUGGCGUUGGUAAAUCGGCCAUUCCGCGCAUUGUAGCGGGUCUGUGGCCUGUUUACAGAGGCUUGGUCAGCCGCCCACGAGCAUUUGGCCUGGAUGGAAUCAUGUUCCUCCCCCAGCGACCGUAUCUCAGCGUUGGUACUUUACGGGACCAAGUCAUCUACCCUCACACUGAGAUCGACAUGCGAGAAGCCGGCGAGUCCGAUGCCAACUUACAGAAAAUUCUGGAUGAUGCCCAUCUUGGAUACCUCCCACAGCGCGAAGGCGGCUGGGAUGCUCGCAAGGAGUGGAAGGAUGUUUUGAGCGGUGGCGAAAAGCAGCGCAUGGGUAUGGCCCGACUUUUCUACCACGAGCCAAGGUACGCCUUCCUCGACGAGGGAACAUCUGCAGUUUCUUCCGAUGUUGAGGGUCUACUCUACGAGUGUGCCAAAGAUCGUGGUAUCACUAUUAUCACUAUUUCUACCCGUGCAUCACUGAAGAAAUAUCACACCUUCAACCUUAGUCUUGGGUUAGGUGAUGAGGGUGAACGCUGGGAACUGGAAAGAAUUGGCACCGAGAAGGAGAAGCUUGGUGUAGAGAAAGAGUUGCAAGAGCUACGCAAGCGUCUCGACAACGUUGACGAAUGGAAGCAGCGUCGCGAGGAGAUUGAAAAGGAACUUUGCAAAGUGUGGACGAAUGAUGGCGAGAUCGCUCCUCCGCCGUAUGAGGAAAAAGCACCCCUUUUGAAUACCCAGGAGGCUGAAGGUGCACACUAA